AUGGAGGAAGCCUCUUCCUCAACUAUUUUAGAGGGGGAGAUAACUGGAAUCAAAUUUGGUUUGGCAACUCAUCAAGAAAUCUGUACAGCAUCUAUCAGCAAUUGCGCUAUCAGCCAUGCAAGUCAGCUUUCCAACCCAUUCCUUGGCCUGCCCCUUGAGUUUGGAAAGUGUGAAUCUUGUGGCACUUCUGAAGCUGGGAAGUGUGAAGGUCAUUUCGGGUAUAUUGAGUUACCAAUACCAAUAUUUCAUCCUAAUCAUGUGAGCGAAUUGAAGCGGAUGCUGAGCUUAUUGUGCUUGAAAUGCUUGAAAAUGAAAAAGAACAAGUUUCCAACCAAGAAUGCUGGCUUAGCAGAGAGAAUGCUAUCUUCAUGUUGUGAGGAUGCUUCACAAGUGUCUAUUGGAGAGAUUAAACCAACAGAUGGUUCUUGUUCUUUGCAAUUGAAGCGGCCUUCUAAAUCAAGAACACCACCUGGUUUCUGGAAUUUCCUUGAACGAUAUGGUUUUCGUUAUGGUGAUGGCCACAUACGAACUUUGCUUCCUUGUGAGGUGAUGGAAAUGCUGAAAAGAAUCCCUCAAGAGACCAGGAAGAAACUUGCUGCUAAAGGCUAUUUUCCUCAAGAUGGAUACAUCUUGUCUCAAAUACCUGUCCCUCCAAACUGUUUGUCUGUGCCUGAAAUUUCUGAUGGUGUUAGUGUUAUGUCUGCGGAUCCUUCAAUAUCAAUGCUAAAAAAAGUUCUAAAGCAAGUUGAAAUCAUAAGAAGUUCAAGGUCUGGCAUACCGAAUUUUGAAUCUCAGAUUGUUGAGGCGAAUGAAUUGCAAGCAAUAAUUGAUCAGUAUCUUCAAGUUAGGGGUACUGGAAAGCCAUCACGCGAUAUUGAUGCAAGAUUUGGGGUAAACAAGGAGCUUAAUGCCUCUUCAACAAAAGCAUGGCUUGAAAAGAUGAGGACAUUGUUCAUUAGAAAGGGUUCAGGCUUCUCUUCCCGUUCAGUGAUUACUGGAGAUGCAUUUAGAAGGGUGAAUGAAGUUGGCAUCCCAUAUGAAAUUGCUCAAAGAAUCACAUUUGAGGAGAAGGUUAAUGAUCAUAACAUUAGGUAUCUACAAGAGCUGGUAGAUAGCAAGUUGUGCUUAACCUAUAAGGAUGGUUCAUCGACGUACUCACUCAGGGAAGGUUCAAAGGGGCACACAUUUCUGAGGCCUGGUCAAGUGGUUCAUCGUAGAAUAAUGGACGGGGAUCUUGUUUUUGUAAAUAGGCCCCCAACCACCCAUAAACAUUCUCUGCAAGCACUCCAAGUGUAUGUGCACGAUGACCAUGUGGUGAAAAUCAACCCUCUCAUUUGUGGGCCACUUAGUGCCGACUUUGAUGGUGAUUGCAUCCACCUGUUCUAUCCCCAGUCGCUUGCUGCAAAGGCAGAAGUCUUGGAGCUUUUUUCAGUGGAGAAGCAGCUGCUUAGCUCUCAUAGUGGAAAGCCAAAUUUGCAAUUGGCCACUGAUGCACUAUUGUCAUUAAAGAUGAUGUUCAAGAAAUAUUUUUUGGACAAAGCAGCAGCACAGCAACUGGCCAUGUUUGCAUCAUCUUCAUUGCCACGACCGGCUUUACUGAAAGCAAAUUCUGCUCAUUCAUAUUGGACUGCUUUUCAGAUAUUACAGACUGCAUUGCCAGCUCACUUUGACUGCAAUGGCGACAACUACUUGGUCAACAAAAGUGAGAUACUGAAUAUUGAUUUUAGCACAAGUUCUGUAGCAGCUGUGAUGAAUGACAUUGCUACCUCUGUUUUCUUUGAGAAAGGUGGUGAAGCUGUUCUGAAAUUCUUUGAUUCUCUACAGCCCUUACUGAUGGAGAAUUUAUUUUCAGAAGGGUUUAGUGUUGGUUUGGAAGAUUUUUCCAUGUCCAGGGCAUCCAUACAAGACAUUCAGAAGAAUAUUCAGGAUAGUUCUGAUUUGUUGUAUCAUUUGAGGUCAACAUACAAUGAGUUUGUAGAGUUUCAAUUGCAGAAUCGCAUCAGAAGUGUGAAAGUACCAGUUUCACAUUUUAUCUUGGAGUCAUCUGCAUUGGGUGAUUUAAUCGACUCCAAGAGUGAUUCAGCCAUUAACAAAAUUGUUCAACAAAUUGGGUUUCUAGGCCUGCAACUUUCUGAUAAAGGAAGAUUCUACUCUAAGACAUUGGUUGAGGAUGUGGCCUCUCUGUGUCAUAAUCCAUAUGAGGCGAUAGUUCACUCCAUUGCUACACGAGAGGUGAUUGUUCGGUCCUCAAGAGGAUUGUCUGAACCUGGGACUCUAUUUAAAAAUUUAAUGGCCAUUCUUCGCGAUGUUGUUAUUUGCUAUGAUGGCACCGUCAGAAAUGUCUGUAGCAACUCAAUAAUCCAAUUUGAGUAUGGAGUCAAUACUGGAUCCAGGCACCAGCAUUUAUUCCCUGCUGGUGAACCUGUUGGGGUGUUAGCUGCAACUGCAAUGUCAAAUCCUGCGUAUAAGGCAGUUCUGGAUUCUACCCCAAGCAGCAACUCUUCAUGGGAGCUGAUGAAGGAAAUUCUGCUUUGCAAAGUCAAUUUUAAGAAUGAGCUCAUUGAUCGCCGUGUAAUUUUGUACUUGAAUAACUGUGGUUGUGGAAGAAAGUACUGCCGAGAACGUGCAGCAUGUUUGGUUAAGAAUCAGUUGAAGAAAGUCAGUCUUAAAGAUACUGCAGUUGAAUUUAUGAUUGAAUAUAACAAUCAGCUUUCUGGUUUGGGAAGUCUGGUAAAUGAUGCAGGCCUUGUUGGUCAUAUUCAUCUCAAUGAGGAUAUGUUACGAGAGUUAAACGUUGGUGUUCACGAUAUUCUUCAAAAAUGCCAAGAAACUAUUAAUUCAUUUCGGAGGAAGAAAGUUGGAAAGAAGAAGUUCAACAUUGGUUAUCAUUUUAAAAAUACAGUUUUGUUUGCCAGUGAACAUUGCUCCUUUCAUCAUUCCUCUGCAGAAAAAAGAUCCGACUCCCCAUGCUUGAUGUUCUUCCUUCAAGCAACUGAUGAUUUGGAGACCACUACCACUUUGCAAUACUAUGCGGACUUGAUUUGCCCUGUUCUUUUAGAAACAAUAAUAAAAGGUGACCCUCGUAUUGGCUCAGCCAAUAUAAUUUGGAUUGAUCCAGAUACAACAACUUGGAUUAGAAGCCCAAACAAAUCUCAGAAGGGUGAAUGGGCCUUGGAUGUUGUUCUGGAGAAAUCGGUCAUCAAGCAAAGUGGUGAUGCAUGGAGAACAGUGCUCGAUUCUUGCCUUCCAGUGCUUCACCUAAUUGACACCAGACGUUCCAUCCCGUAUGCCAUCAAACAAAUUCAAGAAUUGUUGGGGGUGUCUUGUGCUUUUGAUCAAGCAGUUCAGCGCCUCUCAACGGCAGUGACAAUGGUGGCAAAAGGUGUUCUGAAAGAGCAUCUUAUCCUCCUGGCAAAUAGCAUGACAUGUGCAGGAAAUUUCGUGGGAUUCAAUUCGAGUGGGUACAAAGCACUAUCUCGGGCAUUGAAUAUUCAAGUACCGUUUACAGAAGCAACACUGUUUACACCAAGAAAGUGUUUUGAGAGAGCAGCUGAAAAGUGCCACAUGGAUUCAUUGGCAAGCAUAGUUGCAUCAUGUUCCUGGGGUAAACAUGUUGCUGUGGGUACGGGCGCGAGGUUUGAUGUCCUGUGGGACACAAGAGAGGUAGAAUUGACUCAAGAGGGUGGACUUGAUGUUUUCAACUUUCUGCAUAUGGUGAGCACUGCAAACGUAGAAGAAGCAACUACAGGAGCUCUCGGUGCAGAAGUUGAUGAUCUAAUGCUAGUUGAUGAAAUGGCAGAUUCAAGCUUCUCGCCAGAACUUAACUCCAGUUUUGAUAGGCCCGUCUUCGAAGAUCUUGUUGAAUUUGAUGAUAAAUUAGGAGAUCUUCCCGAAAAAUCAAACUGGGAAAAGGAUUCCUCCUUCCACACUGAUUCUAGUGGGGGGAAAGACUGGAGCGUCGACAAAAAUGUGGGAACUGUGGCAGUACCUGACGUUUGGUCAAGCUGGGGUACAGAGAAAGGGAAAACACAAGAUAGUAACUCAGCAGAAGCCCAGUUGGAUUCCAAGAAAUCCAGUGUUUUGGAUACCUCGUCUGCGUGGGGGAAAAAUCCAGCAAAAGAAAAUACGACAUCUACAUGGGGGACAACUACGGCAAGUGAAAAUGAUUGGUGUGGUAGAGGGGUAGGUGAGGAUGAUUCUGCAAGCUUGUCUGGGAAGAAAUCUGGUGUUUUGAAUACCUCAUCUGCGUGGGUGACAAAUACUGCCAGAGAAGAUGCUGCAUCUGCCUGGGGAACAAAUCCAGCAAAAGAAAAUACCACAUCUACAUGGGGCACAACUACGGCAAGUGAAAAUGAUUGGUGUGGUAGAGGGGUAGGUCAGGAUGAUUCUGCAAGCUUGUCUGGGAAGAAAUCCAGUGUUUCGGAUACCUCGUCUGCGUGGGCGACAAAUACUGCCAGAGAAGAUGCUGCAUCUGCCUGGGGGAAACAUCCAGCGAAAGAAAAUACCACAUCUACAUGGGGCACAACUAAGGCAAGUGAAAAUGAUUGGUGUGGUGGAGGGGUAGGUCAUGAUGAUUCUGCAAGCUUGUCUGGGAAGAAAUCCAGUGUUUUAAAUACCUCAUCUGUGUGGGCGGCAAAUACUGCCAGAGAAGAUGCUACAUCUGCCUGGGGGAAAAAUCCAGCAAAAGAAAAUACCACAUCUACAUGGGGGACAACUACGGCAAGUGAAAAUGAUCGGUGUGGUAGAGAGGCAGGUAAAGUUGAACCAGUAGACCUCCAGCCUACAAAACCCCAGGAUGAUUCUGCAAGCUUGUCUGGGUGGGAUUCACCUACUGGAGAUGGGAAUUCUGGUGAAAGAAAUCAUCAGUGGGGACAGCAUCGUGGAGACCAAACAAAGAAAAAUCGUUUUGAAGGUGCAAGGAAUUGGGUUUCAAGUCCUGGGGAAUGGAAGAAUAAGAACCGUCCUCCUAAGUCGCCUGGAAUGGUGAAUGACAAUUCUACCAUGGGUGCAUUAUAUACUGUAACAAGACAGAGAUUGGAUAUGUUCACUUCCGAGGAGCAAGAUGUUCUUUCUAAUAUUGAACCAGUUAUGCGCUCCCUCCGACGGAUAAUGCAUCAAUCUGGGUACAAUGAUGGGGAUCCACUGUCAGGUGACGAUCAAUCGUUUGUACUUGAUAAUGUCUUCAAUUACCACCCGGAUAAAGCAGCUAAAAUGGGUUGUGGAAUUGAUCAUCUCACAGUUAAUAGGCAUGGUAGUUUCCAGGACAGCAGAUGCUUCUUUGUUGUGUCAACAGAUGGUCGUACGGAAGAUUUUUCAUAUAGGAAAUGCCUGGACAAUUACAUAAGGGAAAAGUUCCCUGAUUUAGCCGAAACUUUCAUUGGCAAGUAUUUCUCUAGGAGAGGGAAUCGAGAGCGGAACCCAACUCUAAGUCAAACCCCCACUCUAAGUCAAACCUCCACUCCAGAGCAAACUGAGAAUGCGGAGACGCAGUAG